AUGGAGACACUCCUUCGUCUCAACCUGGUCUCUGACAAACUUCAUACUCCUGUUCCUGAUUACAGUGAACAGGUUGGGGCGGCUGGGGUUAUUGAUGAUGCCCCAGGUGAUGUUUGUGACCUUCAUGCUCGUUACUUCGAGCUGAAAUUCGAGGGUGGAGGGAAUCCUUCCACGGAUGACUUCGACAAGAGGUAUGGGUAUGUCCAAAGGACUCCCGAAAUUCUCAACGAGGCAGGGAUGAAGUACAUCCUGCUGUCAUUGUGGAGGCAUCAUCCCUCCAAUGAGGCAAGGGCUUGUAGGGUGGCCAAUAUGACCGCCUUCAAAUUCUCGAAACUGCAUGUGGGCGACUACCCCGUACCUCCUCCCCCUCCAUCGUGGUCAGGGCACUUCAUGCCUGAACCAGCUCCACCCGUGCCUCCACAAAAGACACGGGUUUCUCUCUCUCAAUUAAUGGAUGGCAACUAUGGCCAUCUACUGUCAUAUCCUCAUAACCUACCGCUGCCGUUCCGAUACUCACCUUCGGUCCUGGCAACACACCUCCUCCUUACCUCCCCGACCCUAUCUCCGUCCGCUCCGAUACUCAUCUCGGACCGAACACCGCCCCUCUCGCCACCCUCCUACUACUCCGCUCCCCCUUCACAACACCUCCACCCUCCCGUUAUCCUCCUACGCUUCCCCCGUCCGCUCCGAUACUCACCUUCGGACCUGACUACUCUCCUUUCCGCCACUCCUUCUUCCUUACCUUUCCCCUCUCUCCUCCCUCUGUUACUCCUCUGCCACCCUUCCGCCAAGUUACGACCUUCCACCGCUGUUCCGUACUUCGCACUCGGACACCGCUCGUACCUUACUCCGAGCCCCCGUCAUAGUCCCUACCUCGGACUUUGA